AUGGCAACCCGAACAGAGUACGAAAGGUCUUCAGCACCAGAUUCUAGCAACAAUAGCACCACACCUGAAUAUCCGCCAGAUCCGAGCAGAGUCGCAUACCUUGACGUGGAAUUGUACGCAAGUUUCCUGACGCGCGAAGAACGGGAUGCUCCAUGGGUUUCUCGCGUUCCGAUUCACAACCGAUUCAAAGAUGGGGAAACUCUAUUGAAUGCCAAGCAAGCAGCUGAAUACGCGACUGUUGGUACGAAGUAUAGGGCACAAAGACAGGGCCUCAAGAACUUGAGAGACAGCGCGUUGCGUGCAGGCUACGAUCAGACGAAGGUCGACGAGGACAAUGAAAGAUUGUCAGUCACUGCAAAGUAUGCUCAGGAGAGAGCUGAACUCGAGCGCGUCAGGGAUGAAGAGCUUGCUGCACACGAGGCGGAACACGGUCCAUUGAGGGACAAGAAGAACCGUUGGAAUGCCGCAUGGUUGGAGCAGAAGGCCAGAAAAGCAGCACAAGGUAUCACAAUCAAAGUCUCGACCUAUGAUCCUCGUGGUUUCCGCAAUCUACCUCAACCAGCAUCUGAGAAUGUGUCCGAGCCUGCGACUAUAUCUGGGCAAUCCAAGACCAGUCGAGUUACCAAGCGCCAGGCUAACGAAGCCGAUGGAGAUUCGCUGAAAGCCAACGUGAAACGAAUCAAGGCAGAGACAGACUCAGCAAAAGAGCCUCCAGCUUCUCAUCGAGACCUCAUUGAUGGGCAUGUGAAGGAAGCCGAGAGAAAUACCAUUAGUACCAAUCUGUCUAAUGAUAAUUACAUCUUUAUCAAAGACCCUUCAAGUGAAAAGGACCAUCAACGAUCACAAGAACUUAUGACAAUAGCUCGUAAGUGGGCAGCCGCAAACGAGGGUGCGUCCAUGAUAUUCGAUGAUCUGGGCCUCUACGUUUUAUUUCCAGAGACAGAAAUUGGGCUUCAAUCUGCCUCGAAAUGUUUCGGAGCCCAGUUUUCUGAUGGUGAAAAGUUGAUUCCGAUGAAGUUGAUGUCAAAAGGUGAAUGUCUUGCGAGGUGUUAUGUUGGAGAUUCGAACAUCUAA